AUGUCUGUGAGAUACAAAGGAAAACCUGAAUUUGAUCAUAAGAAAACAGAUACGGAACUUUCAGGACAGUAUGAAGUUGACUCGUUGAUUGAGUGUGCUGCGAUGUGUCAAAGCAACUGUGUCAUCUUCGGAUACAAUCCUGAAAUGAUGAAGUGCCGUACCCACACGAAGAUCUUCGCGAGUGGCAUAUCUGAGGAGACCGGCUGGAAAUACUACUAUGACUAUCUUCCUGUAGAUUGUAAGGACCUUCACGAAAACGGUCAGACUAAUUCCGAUGUGUACCAGAUUUAUCCCUCUGGCAGAAGCUCUCCUCCUGUCAGAGUUUAUUGUGAUAUGAAUGUUAUGGGCGGGGGAUGGACGGCAAUCCAGAAACGAUAUGAUGGAUCCGUGGAUUUUGACAGGACUUGGGCAGAAUAUAAGAAUGGCUUUGGUGCACCAGAACAUGAAGUGUGGAUCGGAAAUGAUUUAAUCUAUCAACUAACAAAGGGACACAACUCCUACCUCUAUGUCUCCAUCACGAUAGCGAAUGGAAGUAAGCUGUAUGAAUUAUACGAUCGAUUCUCUGUCGCCAGUGAAGCUGAAAAAUACAGACUUUAUCUCGCCGGACCUGCUACAGGAACCCUAGGUGACAGUAUGUUAAAUACUGGUAAUCCGGGCCGUGACCUUUCUGAGAUGUACUUCACGACCUCUGAUAGGGACAAUGACAGAUAUGAGGCGGCAAACUGUGCUGUUCACACUGGAGGUGGGGGGUGGUGGUUCAACUCCUGUCACUUAGCAUUCCUGAACGUUCGCUGGUCUGUGUCAGGCGGCCCAUAUCUCUGGAAUCCAUCGAUGAAGAUAUUAGAAAUUGGUAAACCCCCAGAUUGA